AGUAAUUUUUCAUUCUCGUUUUCUUUCGAAAUGAGCAUGAUCAACUCGCGAUUCAAAUUUUGCUAAGUUUCGUAUUUAGUCUGCGAAGAGGACGUGUUCGACAUCCAUUAUGGAUUUCCAAGCGAACGUGUACGGUAAUCCUUCACUGAUCCAGGCCUCGAAGAAUUUCAGUUCGCUGCCUCUUUACCUCAUCCACGAUGGCGGAGGGACGAUUUAUGCUUAUCAUUUGCUGCCGGAUCUGGGACGAACCCUCUAUGGGAUCCACAAUCCAAAGUUCGAAAGUGGGAACCAAUGGAAAGGUGGUCUACUAGAGAUGGCACAAACGUACGCGCGGGACAUUGAGAAGACCAAGCCGCAGAAUGGAAUUAUUCUUGGAGGCUGGUCUCUCGGAGGCAUUCUAGCGAUUGAAGUUGCUCGGAAACUUGCCGGCCGGGUCGCCGUUGCAGGCGUCAUCAUGAUCGACUCGCCUUGCCCCAAUAUCAUGGCGCCAGCGCAGGAACCCAAAGUUCCAUUCCAAAGAAGCUGUCCGCCGAGGCUUAGAGAACGGGUUCAGAAAUGCAUCGGUGACUCGUUGAGAAUGGUACAGAGGCACACUGCCCCGACCAAGCGAGCCGACUGGUCUGUGGCGCCCGGUCUUAGUGGUCCUGCUGGGCAUGGAAAUAGCGAAGAACCACCUCGUCUUCCAUAUAUUGUGUUGCUUCGCGCGAUAGGGAAAUUACCCGAGGAGAUCAACAAGACUGAUACUGGAAGAGAGCUUCCUCUCCUUGGAUGGGAGACUGGCGAGCUUGAAUUGAUCAAAAAAGUACUCGACGUUCCCGGCCAUCAUUUCAACAUGUUUGAGGACCAUCCUGAUAAAUUGGCAGCUCAGUUGAAGGAGGCUUGUGCGAUCAUAGAGACCAACCAUAGUUCUUAAAAAUUGCUGCUCUUCAUCAUAGCUUGCAGACUUCAAGGGCCGAGGAGGUAUUUUACACCAUUUGGUGACCAGGUAAAUUCCAGUGCAGUUUUCAAUCUAGAAAUUUCACCAUUAUUUAUUAUUUUAGAGUGAAAUAUCCAUUUUUAGACCAUC